UGGCACUAAAUUCCUCUUCACCCACCAGACAUAAUCAACUUGCACAGAGGCUUGCCUAACCCAGAAGAAGAAUGAGCACAAAAUAGAAGUCAUAGGCAAAGGUGGGCAAAGCUAAGGAUAAUUGACAUUUGAUCACCCAAGGCUUCCUUUGGUCUUGUGAUAUUUUCUGAAGCACCUCUCUCUCCUUAUUUCUUGUGGUUGUGGUUUGUGAGCAAAGGAAUCCAAGUGGGAAAAAAAAUAUCUUUUUAGACUGGGUAAAUCCAUCCUAUCCUUCCUGUACACGUUUUUGAAGUCCAGGCACAUUCAACUAGUAUAUUAGACUGGUUUUAAGUAGAAGUGAUUAGUGAUUCAGAAUCAGAAAGAAGAACUUGGUUUCAUCUGUUCUCCUUCUGAAACUACAAUGGGUUUGGUAACUCCAUGGACUGCAACAACUUCCUUUCUCACUUUUUUUUCGUCAUCUUUAUAUCUUCCUAAAGUCCAGUCAUACCCUUUAUCUAACCCUUAUCGGCUUAUCUGUCGAUGCCAAAGUGUCUCAAACGACCUCCAGUUCGUCCUUCAUGAUGCUCUGGAUGCCUGUGGAGUUGACACAACCAAUGCCAGAGCAGCGAGAGAGGAUUUCUGUUCUCAGAUUGGGAGAUUUACAACUCUGGAGAGGCAAACUAGUAUUUGCAACAGAGGGGUUGAUUUGGGGAUAAUAGCUUUUCAAAUUGCUGCUGAGGAUCACUCUCUCCUUUCACAAUCUAAUGUGCCUUUCCCAGUUGACACUUUCGUUGACAGGCUUGAUGAUCUUUCUAUGGGUUACUUCCCGCACCACAAAUUCUCUGCGUCGCCGAAAGAUUUCAUUGGAAAUUUGGAAAGCUACUUGUAUGUUCACAAGGGUUUUCAGAGAAAGAAUGUCACAGAUCAAUCAGGGCCUCAAACUUUAUAUCUACACUAUGCUUUAGCAAACCGUUCUGGCUCUGCUCUUAUGCUUUCACUUAUUUACUCUGAAGUACUAAAGAUGCUACAUUUAUGGGGUCUUUUCAAUUUUGACGUCGAGAUUGACUUCCCUCAUGAUCUUACCACACUUCCUAGAGGCUAUGACAAGAAAAACAGCGAGAUGGCUGAUCAACCACAUAUAAUGACAUCGCAAUCCCUCUUGGUGGAGAUCUUGAGAACUCAAAAAGAAGCCUUCUGGCCAUUCCAGUUUGGCAAUACCAAAAGUUUAUUCCUGAGGGCAGCAGAUGCUGCUCAUUGCAUUGAUGGACCAAGCUUGAAUAUGGAAAGCAGAAAAUUUGAAAUUGAAUCUACUGAGGCUUCUUCAGAUAGAUUAAGACAUGGAGUUUGGAAUAGAAGUAAUGGAAAUAUGCGGUGUGCAUUAUCUGCUUGUGAACGUCUUAUCCUACUGGCAUCCAACUCUGAUGAAUUAAGAGAUUAUGGAAUUCUCCUUUAUCACUGUGGGUUUUACAAGGAAUCCUUACAGUACCUCAACUCUUAUCAGGUUUCAAAGAACCAUUCCCUUCAAAAUGGAUCUUCCAAUCCUUUCAGCAACCAGGAGGAAGAUGCAGUGAAUAAUCUGAUGUUUCGACUCAACCUUGUUUGAUGGAACAAGGUUGGGCCAGGCCCUCAAGCACUUAUUGACUUCACUGUUUUAUAUGGAGUCAAGCAUUCUAGUUCUGUACAUAUUAUACUGUUAUGAAGAAAAAAAAUGUGUAUUUCAAUCAUGUAAAAGAUCACAAAAGUGGAAAAAAGAAGCCUGAGGCCAACGACGACUCAGGUAACAUCUUCUCUGAGAAAAACUGAAACUCAGCUGAAGGUCGUCCUCACUAACUGGCUACUGCUGCUGCUCAUUGCUAAGGUCCAAGCCACCACUGCCAUUGGACCACAUUGCUGAAGAAUCUACCAUUGUUGGCCGUGACCCAAAUUAUAUUUGUAAUUAUUGAAUGUUAAUUUCAUAUAUAAACCAGUUUAUAUUUAACCCAUC